CAACCUAACAAAACCUGCAGCACUUUCCGAACAUGCAGAGAAUGGACGCUGGGAUGGACCUGCUCCACAGCUCCGGGGUAGAGCUGGUGCAAUACCUACAGAUGAAUUACAAGGACUCCCAGAGCUGGUUCACCUUUAUCUCUUUGGCCGCUGACCUGAGAAACACUCUCUUCAUUUUCUUUCCCAUCUGGUUUCAUCUAUGUGAAGCAGUGGGUGUCAAACUCAUCUGGGUAGCAGUCAUUGGAGACUGGCUCAACCUCAUCUUCAAAUGGUUCCUAUUUGGACAAAGACCUUACUGGUGGGUCCAUGAGACUGAGUUUUAUGCUAAUUCUUCUCUCCCUGUGGUGCAGCAAUUUCCGAUCACUUGUGAAACAGGACCAGGAAGUCCAUCUGGUCAUGCAAUGGGUUCAGCUGGUGUCUGGUAUGUAAUGGUCACAGCACUACUGACCUUUGGAUUACAAAAGAAGCAGCCCAUCUUGCAAAAAUGGUGUCUCCAUGUGCUGCUAUGGACCAUGUUCUGGAUGAUUCAGGUCUGCGUCUGUGCAUCCAGAGUGUUUCUGGCCGCUCACUUCCCACACCAGGUCUUUUUUGGAGUUAUUUCAGGAUUGAUUGUGGCUGAAGUGUUUGGCCGGAUUGAUACAAUCUACAAUGUGAAGUUUAAGCAAUAUCUGAAGAUCACUCUGUCCUUGUUCUCCUUUGCUCUGGGCUUCUAUCUGCUGCUGAAAGUGCUGGGAGUGGAUUUGCUGUGGUCAGUGGAGAAAGCCCAGAGAUGGUGUGCCCGACCAGAGUGGGUCCACAUCGACAGCACUCCCUUCGCUGGUCUGGUCAGGAACAUGGGGGCCUUGUUCGGAUUGGGAUUAGCUCUCAACUCCCCCAUUUACGUCGAAAGCUGUAAAGGGAAGAGGAGCCAGCAGUUCAGCUUCAGACUAAGUUGUAUAGUGGCUUCAUUGCUCAUCCUGCACCUGUUUGACUCAGUGAAGCCCCCGACUCAGACGGAAUUCCUGUUUUACUUUCUGUCUUUCUGUAAGAGUGCCGCAGUACCUCUGGCUGCUGUAGUGUUUGUUCCGUACUGUGUGUCACAAAUUGUGAACCGAGAGGAGAAGGAAAAGUUUCUAUAGAUUUCCGAAGGCUCAAAACUUGGAAACAUGUUUGCAGCACUGAUGUGUGCUUUUAAAAACGCUGAGAAAAUACUAGAACUGCACUGCAUCUGAAAAGAGAUUGAAAAAAAACCUGAAGGAAGAGAUGGACAAAGGGAUAGUGCAAAACAGAAAAAGAAAUCAGUGCUUCACCAUGAUGGAAUGUUGAUCUACAAAAUCCCUUUCCAGAUGCUGCUAAAUCGUCCAGUGUUUCUGUUUACUUUUCUCUAUUUCUUUGUUUUAAAAUUCAGUUUUUUGAGGACAUUUGUACUUUUUUAGUUUUUAGAUGUUAUUUUAAAUUGCAUGUCAUCAUUCUGAUGUGAAAAAGAAGCAAAAACAUUCAGAGGAGUCAACUGAUGAAUUUGUGAAUGCUGAAUUAGUUAAUUGACUUGGUCCUUAAUAUAGAGUAGCAAACUGUGUGAUCCAAAUUCCAUGCAGUGGAUAGUUUUGAUUGUUCUGAGUCUAACUAUGAGCCAGCUGUAUUCUCCUGUCUUGGGAAUUCAGCAAUUUGACUUAGUGAGGGUGCCGGGCUUAGCGUAUAAUGAAACAGAUGCACAUUUCAUACCAUUGCUUGAUUCAAUGGAGGACUAUGGCACUCUAUCUGCCUUGUUCUAGGGCUGGGCUCAGAUUAAUGCCUUGCAUUGACAGGAGCAAAGAAAGGUGGAGAGUCUGCUCUCUUCCUGGUGUAAUCUCACUCUGCAGUGGUAGAUCAACCUGGAGCUUAUCAGGCCAGUAAUGCAUGAGAAAUGGGAAAUCAAUUUUAAACAUCAGAGUACUCUAACUGUUUGGAUAUAAUUAUCAACAUUUAGGGUUGGGAACAGGCUUUCUGCUGGGUACUAUCUGUUAAAAUGUUUUCUGUUAGCUCCAUGGUAUAUAUUCACACUUCUGGAGUACUUUUUUUAACUCUUCCAAGGGCUGUGGGUGUUGUAAGUUAGGGUGUUUCCUUAUUGCCCAUCCCUAAUUGCCCUAGAGAAGGUGGCCUGCUGCUUUCUUGAACCACUGCAGUCCAUCUGAUGGAGGUAAAAGCACAAUGACACUAGGAAGAGAUUUCUAAGAUUUUGAUCCAGCCAUAGUGAAGUACAACUAUACAGUGGCUUGAAGGAGGUGUUCCCAAUUAUUUGUUGCCCUUGUCCUUCUGGCUGAAAGAGGCUGUGAGUCUGGAAAGUGCUUUUGAAAAUGACGUGAUGAGCUGCUGCAUUUCAUCUUGUAAUGAUAAUUACAGAAUGAUUAUGGUUCCCAAGGAGGCCAUUUGGCACAUCACAUCUGCAUCAUCUGCCACAGUGCAAUGGUGAUAGAAGGGGUGACUGUUUAUGAUAUUGGGUAGGCUGCCAAAUAAGCAAGCCAUUUUAUCAUUUAUGUCUCUCUAUAUUCCAUUGUAUUUUCACUCUGACUGCUGGAGUCCAUUUUCAGCCCUUUGUGCCUAGUUGGGAAAGACAUUGUAAGGGUGCACGUUUCAUUGUAGCUGCAUCAAUACUGUUUCAUGAUUCCUGUCUGAAUGCUGUUCCACCAGGUAAUGACGAUGUUGAUCUAUGUUGUAUUCCAGAACACAAUGUUCCAUGACACAGUCUGGCUAGUGGCCAGCUCUGCACCCAAGAAAAACAAGCAACAGCUGAGACUCAAAAUGAAUUGUUCCAUUUUUUUCUUUUUGUAUAUGGGUAAUAUGAAGUCCUCAGAACAUUUCAGGCUGUUUUGUUGUAAUAGUAAUUUCAAUUGGUAUGGAUUCAUUUGAUUCUAAUAAAGUUACAUGGCGUAAUUUCCAUUCAAA